AUGCGGGCCCCCACGUCCGCAAAUAAAUAUAGUGAAGACAUUCUAUCUGAUCCCAUGUUCCAGAAGAUAUACGCUAUUGGCUUUCCUGAGCGGACCGACAAACAUGAUGCAAUAACGAUGGGCUCAUCGAUUACCGGUUUUGAUAUCUCGUGGGUUGAUGCCGUCCAUCCAGAAAGUAUCCCUUUGCGUGCACGCCCACCGGGUAUCGAGCGUCUCACUCCAGAGGAGGUGGGAUGCUGGAGAGCGCACAUGAAUAUCAUGCAAAUUAUCGUAGCAAAUCAUGUCACAACCGCGUUAAUAUUCGAGGAUGAUGCUGAUUGGGAUAUCUUACUGAAAGAUCAGCUGUCGGGCUUCGCUUAUGGCGCCCAGGCUAUUCAGGGCCAGACUGGUAGCGCAAUCUCUCCAUACGGAGAUGCAUGGGAUAUGCUCUGGCUUGGCCAUUGUGGCAUUAGCUCGCGUGAGGAUGGGCAAACCUUCUAUGUCCUCCCCAAUGAUCCUACCGUUAGACCCGACCACCAUAAGGACGAGUUCUGGGCCCCCUCCAUAGCUUCAAAACCAGAAGUACCAGCUUCAUCACGGUUGGUAUUCCACUCCAGCGGUGGGGCAUGUACCGCAGCAUAUGCCAUUAGCUACAAUGGCGCUCAGAAAAUCCUGAAUGCCUUAUCGAUGACCCAGGUCACUCAGCCGGUUGAUCUAGCGUACCAGUUGAUGUGUAAGAGUCGCGAGCUCCCUAAUUUUACCUGCAUAGCCCCCUAUCCACAGAUCAUAAGCAGCUGGCGACCGGCUGGGCCAAGUUACCGAGACUCGGAUAUCCGAACCGGCGAUGAUACCUGGCACGACGCGUUCUCGAAAGGCAUAGUUUUCAGUACAAUGUUAAAUUUGAAACGAAUUAUAGCAGGCGAGAGCACGGUAACUGCCCAAUGGACAGAUGUGCAGACACGGGAGGUUAGGCUGAAUGAAUCGGGGAUAAUCAAGGGUCACUUGGUGUCUGUGGAGCCAGAUAAAAUGGAUAAAUGA